AUGGCAAGUCCUGCCAGUCACUCAAAGCUCUGUGAGCAACGAGCUGGGCCUGCCACCGAGUGCCUGUGCCAGCACAGUUACACCGUGGAGCGCCCGGAUAAAGCGGCACUGAACGCACUGCAGCCUCCUAAGUUCAGAAAAGAAAGCUCAUUAGCAUCUACACUGAAGACACUCCUGUUCUUCACAGCUUUAAUGAUCACCAUUCCUAUUGGGUUAUAUUUCACAACUAAAUCUUACAUAUUUGAAGGCACCCUUGGGAUGUUCAAUAGGGACAGAUAUUUUUAUGCUGCUAGUGUUGCAGUGGUCGGCGGCCAUGUGGUGCUGGCCCUCUUUAUGUACGUGGCCUGGAAUGAAGACUCACGACAGUGGUGUGAAGGCAAACAGGAUUAA